UGUAGAUAUAGCGAGAUAGAUUCAGCUUACUUCCUGCCGUGGGAGUGCAUGGACACCAGCAACCGGCGGACGGCGUGCAUCAUGCUGCACAAGAUGCAGUACAAGAUCAGCCUCAAGGCGCUGGGGCUGGCGGCCGUCGGCGUCAGCACCAUGACCGGGGUAAGGAAUACGAGUCCUUCAAUGUAGAUAUAGCGAGAUAGAUUCAGCUUACUUCCUGCCGUGGGAGUGCAUGGACACCAGCAACCGGCGGACGGCGUGCAUCAUGCUGCACAAGAUGCAGUACAAGAUCAGCCUCAAGGCGCUGGGGCUGGCGGCCGUCGGCGUCAGCACCAUGACCGGGGUAAGGAAUACGAGUCCUUCAAUGUAGAUAUAGCGAGAUAGAUUCAGCUUACUUCCUGCCGUGGGAGUGCAUGGACACCAGCAACCGGCGGACGGCGUGCAUCAUGCUGCACAAGAUGCAGUACAAGAUCAGCCUCAAGGCGCUGGGGCUGGCGGCCGUCGGCGUCAGCACCAUGACCGGGGUAAGGAAUACGAGUCCUUCAAUGUAGAUAUAGCGAGAUAGAUUCAGCUUACUUCCUGCCGUGGGAGUGCAUGGACACCAGCAACCGGCGGACGGCGUGCAUCAUGCUGCACAAGAUGCAGUACAAGAUCAGCCUCAAGGCGCUGGGGCUGGCGGCCGUCGGCGUCAGCACCAUGACCGGGGUAAGGAAUACGAGUCCUUCAAUGUAGAUAUAGCGAGAUAGAUUCAGCUUACUUCCUGCCGUGGGAGUGCAUGGACACCAGCAACCGGCGGACGGCGUGCAUCAUGCUGCACAAGAUGCAGUACAAGAUCAGCCUCAAGGCGCUGGGGCUGGCGGCCGUCGGCGUCAGCACCAUGACCGGGGUAAGGAAUACGAGUCCUUCAAUGUAGAUAUAGCGAGAUAGAUUCAGCUUACUUCCUGCCGUGGGAGUGCAUGGACACCAGCAACCGGCGGACGGCGUGCAUCAUGCUGCACAAGAUGCAGUACAAGAUCAGCCUCAAGGCGCUGGGGCUGGCGGCCGUCGGCGUCAGCACCAUGACCGGGGUAAGGAAUACGAGUCCUUCAAUGUAGAUAUAGCGAGAUAGAUUCAGCUUACUUCCUGCCGUGGGAGUGCAUGGACACCAGCAACCGGCGGACGGCGUGCAUCAUGCUGCACAAGAUGCAGUACAAGAUCAGCCUCAAGGCGCUGGGGCUGGCGGCCGUCGGCGUCAGCACCAUGACCGGGGUAAGGAAUACGAGUCCUUCAAUGUAGAUAUAGCGAGAUAGAUUCAGCUUACUUCCUGCCGUGGGAGUGCAUGGACACCAGCAACCGGCGGACGGCGUGCAUCAUGCUGCACAAGAUGCAGUACAAGAUCAGCCUCAAGGCGCUGGGGCUGGCGGCCGUCGGCGUCAGCACCAUGACCGGGGUAAGGAAUACGAGUCCUUCAAUGUAGAUAUAGCGAGAUAGAUUCAGCUUACUUCCUGCCGUGGGAGUGCAUGGACACCAGCAACCGGCGGACGGCGUGCAUCAUGCUGCACAAGAUGCAGUACAAGAUCAGCCUCAAGGCGCUGGGGCUGGCGGCCGUCGGCGUCAGCACCAUGACCGGGGUAAGGAAUACGAGUCCUUCAAUGUAGAUAUAGCGAGAUAGAUUCAGCUUACUUCCUGCCGUGGGAGUGCAUGGACACCAGCAACCGGCGGACGGCGUGCAUCAUGCUGCACAAGAUGCAGUACAAGAUCAGCCUCAAGGCGCUGGGGCUGGCGGCCGUCGGCGUCAGCACCAUGACCGGGGUAAGGAAUACGAGUCCUUCAAUGUAGAUAUAGCGAGAUAGAUUCAGCUUACUUCCUGCCGUGGGAGUGCAUGGACACCAGCAACCGGCGGACGGCGUGCAUCAUGCUGCACAAGAUGCAGUACAAGAUCAGCCUCAAGGCGCUGGGGCUGGCGGCCGUCGGCGUCAGCACCAUGACCGGGAUAUUGAAGACAACAUUUUCAUACUACGCAUUUCUGCAAACAAUGGGAGAGUAGCAAAAUAGAACUCGACUUUAAUUUAAUUUGCUUAAAAAAGAUUUUGUCUUGUAAUUGUCAUGUUUCUAUCUAUUAUAUUUGUGGCUUCUCAGAAUAAACAAUGAUAACUUGCAAUAGUAGAUAAUGAAAAUAUUACUUAGUUCCAUCUGAAUUGUAACAACUUUUUCAAUUAAAUUACAUACACGUAUUCUAAAUAAUUGUCUUUUACUUUAGGCACUUACUAUGUAUUAGGUAUUAGACAACCUACUACUACAUUUAUUUUGCCAACUUAGCACCUAUUAAGCACAACUGUUACUAAGAUGAAGAUUGCGUCACCUCGGGGUAUAAUUUCAUGAGCCAUAAUCUGUAAAUUAACUAACUAUCCUCAUAAAAUAAAUAAUAAAUAACUCAGUAUACUGGACAGUACGAGUAACAUCAAUGAGUAGAGUACUAGUACUAUCGGUCAUCCAGCUACCCAUUUCCGGUCAUGUCAUCUCGUUCUAUUGCAAAGAAUCACCAUUUGAUGUGAGCGAAGUGUGGCCGAUAGUACCUAUGUUUAUCUCGGGUAAAUUGCACCUAUUCAAGUAAAAUUCAUAUGAAUGAAUGAAAAUUUACGACGACCUAAUGGGCCCGUGGUGCAUUAGCUCAUGGGGACGACCUUUGUCUCGCAUUCGAUGGGCAUUUCUACUGCAUGGUGUAUUUUUUCUCAAUUCGGUGCUAAAAUUUAUAUUUAGUUUUUUAAGUA